GUUUAGAGUAUAAGGUCACGACAAAAUUCAAUUCCAUUAGUUUGCAGCACGUUUUCCCUUCAAGGCCUGCACCGAUGUUUUCAUCAUCACUCUCUCUCUCUCAUGGAGUCAUGGUAUAUAUAUAUAUCCCUCUCUUCAACACCCUUGCAUGCAUCAACCAAGUAUCCGCCAUUGUCAUGGAGUUUGAGAAUAACGAAGAAUCACUGUAUUACUAUUCUUCUUCUUCAUCACUAUCUUCUUCUACUUCAUCUCAAACCCAACGCUCGGCCAUCAGCCCACCGCCAUCGUCAUCGUCGCCAUCACGCAGUCAGAAGAGGAGAUCGGGGAGGAAGAAGUUCCGAGAGAUGAGACACCCGGUGUACAGGGGUGUCCGGCGGAGGAACGGCAACAAGUGGGUAUGCGAAGUGAGAGAACCAAUCAAGAAAUCAAGAAUAUGGCUCGGAACUUACGCUACCCCUGAAAUGGCCGCUAGGGCACACGACGCCGCAGUUCUGGCACUUAGAGGCACCUCAGCCACCUUCAAUUUCCCUCUCUCCGUCCCCCUUCUUCCCCUUGCGGAGUCAUCUUCACCUCAACAUAUUCGAGAAGCUGCUUCCAAAGCCGCACAACAAACUAGUAAUAAUGAUAUUACUAACCCUCCUGUUUCUUCUUCAAAUAUGAAUCUUUGUGUUGGUGUUGAUGAUGGUGGUGGUAGUGGUGGAGUGGGGUCGAUUUCAUCGACGACGUUCUUUGAUGAGGAGGCAAUGUUUAACAUGCCUGCAUUGCUUGAUAGCAUGGCGGAGGGUUUGCUUAUAACACCACCGUCCAUGAAGCGAGGAGCUUUUCAUGAUGAUGAUGAAUUUCAAACUGACCUCACUCUCUGGAAUUUCGAUUAAUCGAUACCUAUUAACCGAUAUAUUAGACUAGUUCCAAAGCGACAAUUUAUUAAGAAUGUUGUUAAUUUUAUAGGUCCCUGCAUCCAUGGUUUUUCUGCUUCUUUAUCACUCAAAUUAACUUGGGAGCCACUUACGAUUAAUCCCGUUUUAUUGAGAAAGUCUAGGAAUAACUUUUAUUAAAAUUUGGCUGGCACUUAAUAAUCAAUAAUA